AUGGUUGACUCCCUCCCCACACUCCUCGAUGACGACCUGGAUGAUGGGACUGGUAUUGUUCUUCCGACACAGCUCCACAUCCCCGCUGAUCCUCAUCGAGUGACUCGGGGUCAGUCCCCAUCCUUUCUCACUCAAAAUUAUGCUACUUUUGCCACAGCUCCGGUUGAUAUCCCUCGUCAUUAUCGUCAAGCGUGUGGGAACCCUCAUUGGGAUGCAGCAUGA